AUGACAUCCUUGGGGCUGCUGCGAGGAGCUUUCGGGCGCGAGAAAACCGCGCCAACCGUGCAGAGCUGUUGCGGGGGGAGGAGGCCGGCUCGUCAACUCGAGUGGGGUUGUGGCAAGUCGCUUGGGCCGUGCUCGGUGCUAUCAAUGGGAGAGACCAGGCGGCCGCGCCGAGCAAGAGGCGCCCCCGACUGGUAG